AUGGGACGAGCAGACGAGAUCACAAUGAGCAGCGAUGCCUACGCCAAAGAGACCGGCGCUGAUAUCGAGAAGCACGAUGUCGUCACCACACGCGUCGAGCUCAAGAGGAGACUCAAGAGCAGACAUUUGCAGAUGAUCGCUAUCGGUGGUACUAUUGGAACUGGUCUCUUUAUCGGUAGCGGUUCUGCUGUCGCAAAAUCCGGUCCUGCUGGUGCGCUGAUUGCCUAUGCCUUUGUGGGAUCUCUCGUCUUCUCAGUCAUCGCCUCGCUGGGCGAGAUGGCGACAUACAUUCCCAUUCCCGGUGCCUUCACUUCGUACGCCACUCGCUUUGUCGACCCCAGCUUGGGUUUUGCCAUGGGCUGGAUAUACUGGUUCUCAUGGGCCAUCACAUUCGCCCUCGAGCUCACGGCUACCGGUCUGAUCAUUCAGUACUGGGCUCCCCACCUUUCUGUGGCCAUCUUCAUCGGUGUCUUCUGGGCCUUCAUUACCGCGCUCAACUUGCUCCCCGUCAAUUUCUACGGUGAAGUCGAGUUCUGGUUCUCCUCCAUCAAGGUCAUUACCGUCGUGGGCUUCAUGAUCUUUGCCAUCUGCGUCAAUGCUGGCGUGGGUGACCAGGGAUACAUCGGAUUCAAGUACUGGCGUGAGCCAGGCGCAUUCGCUCCCUACUUGCUUGAUGUCAUCGGAGAGCACAGAGUGUCACUUGGCAAAUUCCUGGGCUUCUGGUCCGUCCUGGUCCAGGCCGGUUUCUCCUACCAAGGUACUGAGCUUGUCGGUAUCGCUGCCGGAGAGACCCAGAACCCCCGCAAGGCCGUCCCAUCUGCCAUCAAGAAGACCUUCUACCGUAUCCUCUUCCUCUUCGUCCUGACCGUCUUCUUCAUCGGCAUCCUCAUCCCUUACACCAACGAGAACCUCCUCUCCAGCAACACCGAUGCCUCUGCCUCCCCCUUCGUCAUUGCUGCCAAGCUAGCCGGUGUGAAGGUGCUUCCAGAUAUCAUCAACGCCGUCUUGCUCACAGUCGUGCUCUCGGCCGCCAACUCAAACGUCUACUGUGGCAGCCGUAUCGUCGUUGGUCUCGCAACCGAGAAAUGCGCACCCAAAUUCUUCAUGAAGACCACCAGAGGCGGUGUCCCCAUCUUAGCUGUCCUAUUCACUUCCUCCAUCGGUUUCCUGGGUUUCCUCAACCUUUCCAACAACGGUGGAACCGUGUUCGGCUGGUUCCUGAACAUUAGCAGUAUCGCCGGUUUCAUCUCCUGGGCUUGCAUUAACGGAUGCCACAUCCGUUUCAUGCGCGCCCUUAACGCCCGCGGCAUCCACAGAGACUCUCUCCCGUAUAAGGCGCCCUUCCAACCCUUCCUAGCCUAUUACGGUCUUGGCUUCACCGUCCUCAUCAUUUUCACCCAGGGUUUCACCGCUUUCAUUCCUUGGAGCACGUCCAACUUCUUCAUCGCAUACGUCAGCUUGAUCCUCUUCGUUGUUUUGUUCGCUGGCCACAAGCUGUGGUUCCGCACUAAGCCCAUUGACCUCCUAGAUGUCGACCUUGACUCUGGCCGCCUGGAAUGUGACGCCGAGCAGUGGGAUGAUACCGAUUAUCCUCGUCCCCACGGCUUCCUACCAGCACUCAAAUACCGACUCUCACGAAUGUUCUGUUAA